AUGGCGGGCCCCAAAACCACCGACCUGCGCAUCGCCACUGUGCAGUUCGAAAACGCAUCGGGCGACAAGGCCGCCAACCUCGCCAGCAUCUCGCGCUUCGCAGCCGCAGCCGCCUCCUCCGGCAGCCACGUCGUGGCCUUCCACGAGUGCUGCGUGACCGGAUACACGUUUGCAGCGGGCCUGACGCGGGCUUCGCUCUGGGCGGUGGCCGAGCCAGUGCCUGACGGCGCGAGCACGCAGGCGCUCAUCGGCAUCGCCAGGGCGCACAACAUCCACGUGCUGGCCGGGCUGUUUGAGCGCGACGAGCAGACGGGCAAGAUGUACAACACGUACGUGUGCGUGUCGGGCGCGGGGCUGGUGGCGCGGUUCCGCAAGCUGCACCCGUUCAUCAGCGCGCACCUGAGCGCCGGCGACGAGCUGGUCGUGUUUGACCUGCUCGGGUGGAAGGCGGGCCUGCUCAUCUGCUACGACAACAACGUGGUGGAGAAUGUGCGCGCGACGGCGCUGCGCGGCGCCGAGAUCUUGUUCACGCCGCACGUCACCAUGUGCACGCCGUCGACGCGCCCGGGCGCGGGGUUUGUGGAUGCGGCGUUGUGGCGGAGCAGGGAGGCCGACCCGACGACGCUGCGCGCCGAGUUUGACGGGCUCAAGGGCCGCGCGUGGCUGAUGAAGUGGCUGCCGGCGCGGGCGUACGACAAUGGCAUCUACGUCGUCUUCAGCAAUCCGAUUGGCAUGGACGACGACCAACUCAAGAAUGGGUGCAGCAUGGUGCUGGACCCGUUUGGGGACGUUCUGGCUGAGUGUAGGAAGCUGGACGAGGACAUGGCCGUGGCGGUGUGCACGAGGGACAAGCUAGAAAAGGCGGGCGGGUUUCGCUAUCGUAAGGCAAGAAGGCCGGAAAUCUACGGGGAGACUCUUGCGCAGGAGAAUGAUUCACAGCUCAAGGUGGCGUGGAUGUAG